AUGGCCUCGCUGCCCACCGUCGCCCUGACCGUUUCCGCAGCUGUGGCGGAGCUGGGACAUGUUACUCCAGGGGACCUCGUGGCCAUCCAGGCGGCUGCAGGCGCGACGGGGAGCAUCACGUAUGCGGCGGCGGCACCGGCGUGCUGGCGCUGGCUGCGCUGCGCCGUCGUGGCGCAGCGCUGCUCGCAACGGCAGGAAGCCCGCAAGCAGUGCUUCCUACGCGUGCGGCGCGGCGUCAGUCGGGUCACGAGCUCCCGCUCCGGCGAUGCGCGGCUCGGAAGAAAUCAGCAGGUGGAAGGGUUUUUACGAGACGCUCUCGCUGGCCUCCCGGAGCACUGCCUUGGGGCAGACUUUCUGCUCAACUGUUUGACGCACGACGACUUCAUCCCACGUGGUUUGUCGGUGCUGGGUCCCGGGGGUCGUUUCCUGGAACUUGGGAAGCUCCGGGUUUGGUCCUCGCGGUCGGUGCGGCGUUUCCGCAGGGACGUGGUCCAUGCAACCAUGCUCCUGGAUGCACGUGUCGCUUUUGCGGCCGUGAGCCUGGCCAGGGAGCUGAGGGCCAUCGCCGCGGCCAUUCAGGAAGGAGAGCUGCAGCUUCCACCGACCUCCGUCUUUGAGUUUCCGGAGCAAGCCCUCGAAGCUUUUCGUCUUUUGCACAGUUCGAGGCAGAUUGGCAAGGUCGUCUUGGUCUUUGACCACCACUUGCCCGGAACAAAGGCGGAGGACAGACGCUUGCAGACGUGGCGCCAGGAGUUUGGUCACGUGUCGGUGCUGGGUGUCCGACCCGUCGAUUCCGAAGCUCAGCUCGACCGCAAAUUGGAGGAGUCGACGCGGCUUGGCGAGGGCGGGAACGUCCAGGCGACCUUGCGAGAGGGUGAAAGCGCUUUCACGCUGGCGCCUUUCACUGGAUUUGUCGCUGAGCUCAGGCUUCGAGAGGCUGCGGAGAACGGGCUGCUGGUUGCUGCCCUGCAUGGCCUGGUGCAAGGUGGAGGUGUUGCCAUGUCGCAGGUGGCGGAUGUCCGCUUCGCAGAUGUCGAAACCACUUAUGUGCUCGGUAACCUGUCGAAGGGAGCUGUGCCAUGCAUUCUGCUUUCAAAAAAUGUGGCUCUUCUGGCUUCUUCCCUGGCUGAUGCCAUGGCCUUCUACUUGGAAGACUCCGUCUUCGACGCGCGCAGUGCCUUGGCCCUCGGCCUGAUUCAAGCUUUGUUCUCCUCGCCCUCCAGCACGCGUGCCGCAGCAGUUUCCCUGUCGGCCACAAGCCUCCAAUCCCUUCGCUCCGUCCGAGUGCCCGCCGCAGACGCCGCACGCUUCGCCGAGGAGGCACGCGGCCUCCAGCUGUCUCUCAAUUGUGGCGAGGCUUUCCGCCAAAUGCCAAAGCCAGCGUGCCAUCCGCCACAGCUGCCAGAACCAACGCUGCCUGCAGCACGCCGGCAUCCAGCACGUCCUCAACGCUUCCGGGGGCCUCGCAAGGAAUCUUCAGCCGCUUCGCUGAAGCCGAGGGUGAAACUGUGGCUGCCGGCGCUGCAGCCGACUUUGCACUUGGCAGCGCUGACAGCACCGUGGCCCUUGCAAGCCCGAGAACGGCCAAUGCGGUGCGAAGGCGACGGCGACGGCGAAGCGUCCGGGAUGGUUCUUCGGGUUGUCGCCCGUCCACCCGGUGCAGCCGGUCCAACCUGGCAUGCCUGGCGAGCAUGGCCAGUGCGGUGGUUCAUCUGA